CGGACGGUUUGCAAAAAUAAAAACAAAUUCGGAAUGGAUCAUUUUGACAAGAAAGAUGUUAUACAAGCUAUCCUGAUAGCCGACAAUAAUGUGGAGAACUUUAAGCCAUUGUCCGACAAUGAUUCUACGGCUCUCAUUCCUUUGGUUAAUGUAGCCAUGUUGGAUUAUGCCCUGGAGGCUUUAAAUCGCAGUGGUAUCGAGGAGGUAUUUGUCUUUGCCAGUCAACACUUGCAAAGUGUUCGUGACCAUAUCAAGAAGGGAAUUGCAUCACUCAAUUCGUGGUCGGUGAAUAUGAAAGUCAAUGUCAUUGGUGGUGAGGGAUGUCGUUGUUUUGGCGAUGCCAUGAGAGAAUUGGAUAGCAAAGCUUUGAUCCGUGGCAAUUUUGUUAUAUUGGGAGCCGAUACCGUAACCAAUGCCGAUUUUAGACCCAUAUUUGAACAACAUAAAAAAAUAACCAAAUAUGAUAAGGGUGCUGCAGCCACACUCAUUUUCAAGGAAGCCGAAAAUCAUUUACGUACCGGCAAUGAAAUCAUGAUUGCCGUUGAUGUGCAAAACAACCGUCUGCACCAUCAUCAAAGGUUGCGUCUGAAUGGCAAGGAAACAAAUUUCGAAAUACCCCUAGAGGUAUUUAUGAACAAUUCCCAGGUGGCUUUGUACCACAACAUCAUUGAUCCCCAAAUGGCAAUUGGUUCACCCUCCAUGCUUUCCCUGUUCUCCGACAAUUUCGAUUUCGAAACCCGCGACGAUUUUGUCAAAGGCAUUUUGAUUAAUGAAGAAAUUCUAGAUAGCCGUAUAUAUGUAUCCUUACUGCCCAGAGAACAAUAUGCCCGCAAAGUCAACAAUUGGCUGACAUAUCAAAUUGUCAGCAAUGAUAUUAUUAGUCGUUGGGCCUAUCCUCUGGUACCCGAUAUGGGUGUUGUGGGUUUGAAACAACAAUAUAUCUUUUUGAAAAAUAACAUUUAUCGCAGUCCUGAAUCGAAUAUGGCUAAAGUCAUAUUGCGAGAAAAUGUUUUGACCGGUGCUGGCAGUUCGGUUGGAAGUGGUUCAUAUCUGAGCAGCAGUGUCUUGGGGAGAAAUGUUAAAAUUGGACAAAAUUGUCGUUUGCUGAAUGCUUUCAUAUUAGAUGAUGCCGUGGUCGAAGAUAAUUGUGUUUUGGAAUUUUGUAUUGUUGGUGCCAAGGCGAAGGUGGGCUUUAAAUCUGAACUGAAGGAUGGUUGUGUGGUGGGCAGUGAUUGUGUUUUGCCUGCCAAUACGAAUUUAUCUGGGGCCAUAGUUACGGCCAAGGUUACAGAAGAUGAUCAGGAACUUGGUGAUAUCAAAAAAUUGGGUGAUAAAGCCUUCAUUAUCACGGCUGCAGAUCCUAAUAAGGCAACUUCUGAUGAUGAAAAUGACGACGAAGAUGAUGAUGGUGAUGACGAUUUACCCGAAAGAACUGCAGCACCCAAAAUGAUGAAGCUGCCAGUAACCUAUGAAGAGAGUGAUUAUUAUUCCAGCAGUGAUGAAGAUGAAUCGAGGCCAUGUUCACCCAUGCCCGACGACACCAAUAUUUUCCUUUCCGAGGUUAUUGACUCCCUAUCCCGUGGCUUUCAAGAAAAAUCAAAUCCUGAUUUUCUUAUAUUGGAAAUUAAUUCCUCACGUUAUGCCUACAACAUGUCCCUUAAGGAGGUUAACUUUAAUGUUGUCAAGGCCAUCUUUAGUUUGCCGAGCAUUAAGGAAUGUAUGGGUAAUGUACUGGUGGAUAUCAAUGCUGUAUUUAAACAAUUGGGUCCUGUUAUGUCGAAUUAUAUUAAAAGCGAGGAUGCCAUGUUGGAUUGUUUAAAGGCAUUAGAGGACAUUUAUGAGGAAAAUCCCAAGGUGCGUGAAAAAAUCUCUCAAAUUGUUCACUUCCUGUACGACAAAGAUUUCGUCAGUGAAGAAGCCAUAUUGGCCUGGCACGAAGAAUUGGAUUUGGAACAACACGGAAAUCUGCGUAAAUCUUUACAAAAACUGAUUGAAUGGCUGCAGCAAUCAAGUGAAGAAGAUGAUGAUGACGAAGAAAGUGAUUAA